AAUAUCUGACAGCAGUUUGUGGUAAAUAGCGGUCAAUAAUGACUCAAAAGUUGAUUAGUUAUUGAUUAGACAUUUGUGUUAUUAAUUGAAACAAACGAUUGAUUGAUAUAUUAAUGACAAACACAAUGAUAUCUGAAGACGUAUUAAAUGAUAUAUUGUUUCAUUUGAAUGAUAUGAACAACAAUUACUUAAACCAAAUCAAUAACAACUUUCUGUCGAUCCGUAAGUUUUGUUGCACUUCAGGUGUCGUCCAAAACUUGAUGUCUAUUUGCGAGACCUUUCAAGUGGACAAUGAUGUCAAAUACAUUGCCAUUGAAAUGAUGGACAAACUGAUCGUCAAUCUAGUGAUCGACACAAAGAAAGUUUUUUUUGAGACAACACAUGCAUUGGCUGAUCAUCCAAAUGCUCAACAGUUAGACUGGAACUCCAUUGAAGACAAACUCAAGAAACAGAUGCAUUUGCGAGCCGUCACGUGUGUAGCCAUUGCUGUCAAAGGAUAUAAUGGAAGCAAACAAAUGAUAACAACAACUAAAUUACGACAAUUUCUUCACAAAUGUGGUUACAAUUAUUCGCUGCAAAACAUUAAUCGAUCGGAACUACGAGUCCUACGACUACUUGACUUUAAACUGAUCCACAAUUCGCUGUACACUUAUGUUCAAACACUUCUGGAUGUACUGAACCACAAUAUCGUUAACUUUAGCCAACAUUUAAAUGCUUACAAAAUUAUAGGUAAAAGAUUAACAUUAGAUAUGUCUCAAAAUAAUGAAGAGUUAGAGAUCGAGAAGAUCUUUGCUAACAAAAUGCUGAUCGCGUCGGCAAUUAUAGCAUCGGUUCCAAUCGUUACCGAUGUAUCACUCUAUGAACAAGUGGUCAUUGAAUUGGCCGACAUUUGCCGUAUUGACGCCAAUCUUAUUCUCGAUACAAGUCAAGCAAUUCUUGUGGUUAUUAGUGAAGUCUAA